CUGUAGCGCUCAGCUGAGAUUUCACAACUUGCGGGUUACCUUCUGGACACGAGCCGGCUCGUCCCGUGGAUGUAUAGAGAGUCUUCGCGCAGCCAGACGCCGGUAGAUGUCCGUUAGACGUCCCGGUGACGUCAGAGUGGUGUCUCUCGUGCAGUGAUUCUAGAACUAUGAAGCUCGUUGCUCUCGUGGGUCUGUGUCUCGUGACUCGGUGUGGAAUAACGGCUGCUGGUGUAAACGGACCAGGAGUCAUCAACGUGGCCGUGGAAGAAGGAAGUGAUGUCGUUUUACUCUGUUCCCUCAGCACCAAGGACGACAUCGAGAAAAUGGUGUUUGACUGGAAGAAAGAUGGUCAGAAGGAGAAGGAGGUGUUCUUUUAUCAGGCAGGCAAACAUUACAAUAACGGCCGAGGAGGUCAGAGCGAGCAGUUCAAAGGUCGCGUGUCUCAUUUUCAAGAUGAACUCAAGUACGGCAACGCCUCCAUAAAGCUCCAAAAAACAAAGAUGUCUGACAGCGGAAACUACACCUGUACGUUCCCAAACAAACAAACAUCCCACAUUACGCUUGUUGUAGUAGUCAGUGAUCAACCUCCAGCUCUGAGAAAUGAAGUCAACGCUGAAGUGUCUUAAACCUAAAAGCAUUCUCUCUAACAGUCAGCAGGAGGCGACUCCUCUGGUUGUAUAGAAGUCUAUGAGAAAAUGAGCCUACUUCUCUCUUGAUUU